AUGCACGCGCAUGCUCCCCGCCGGGUGGUCAGGGGGCCUCGGGGCUCCUGGCUGCUGGGUGGCCUCUGGGUUUGGGCUGUGUGCGGCCUGUGCGGCCUGGGGACAGCGGCCGCACCGGGGACCGCGCAGCCCUGCCAGGCGCCCCAGCAGUGGGAGGGACGCCAGGUUCUGUACCAGCAGAGCAGCGGGCACAACAGCCGCGCCCUGCUGUCCUACGAUGGGCUGAACCAGCGCGUGCGGGUGCUGGACGAGAGGAAGGCGCUGAUCCCCUGCAAGAGAUUAUUUGAAUACAUUUUGCUCUAUAAGGAUGGAGUGAUGUUUCAGAUUGAACAAGCUACCAAACAGUGUGCAAAGAUCUCCUUGACAGAACCCUGGGACCCUCUCGACAUUCCCCAGAAUUCUACCUUUGAAGAUCAAUACUCCAUUGGGGGGCCUCAGGAGCAGAUCACUGUCCAGGAGUGGUCCGACAGAAAGACAGCCAGAUCCUAUGAAACCUGGAUCGGUGUUUAUACAGCCAAGGAUUGUUAUCCAGUCCAGGAGACCUUCAUCAGGAAUUACACCGUGGUCCUGUCCACACGUUUUUUUGAUGUGCAGCUAGGCAUUAAGGAUCCCUCUGUGUUCACCCCACCAAGUACAUGCCAGACAGCACAGCCAGAGAAGAUGAGUGAAGACUGCUCCUGGUGAACUUGCCAGGACAGAAGCGACCAUCUUGGCUCUUAGCGACCCUGUCUGGAAAUGGAUGCAGCUCUUCAAUGGAAAUAAAAAUAAUUUUAGGGGGGUAAACCCUGAUGUGGGUUUUCUUGUACGUCUGACUCUGGCUGCUCAGCUCUGUUUUCAAUGGAGAACUCGUGGCAGUCUCAACUGGCUGGUAGGGACACUUUGCACACUUCUAAUGUCUGUUUGGGGCUGUCCUUUCUGUGUGCAGGUGUGUAGUCCAUGCAGUAGAGUAGGAAGGGGUGAGGGUGGGUACAAGGAGUUUGCCUCUUCAGGGAUGGGCAUUUUACUAUUGCCAUUAAGAACUGAAGGUGAUGAUAAAAUGUAGAAUGAUUUAGUUCAGUUCUCUCCUUACAAAGGAAGUCCCUUGCUUGUCUGCACCAGAGUGGCAACAGUUCCCACUGACCCCACUCCUGCCUUUUGCCACUGCAAAAUGACCCUUUAAGAUUCCUUCUAGACCUGAAUUUUGUGGCAUGGCCCAAUAGAUGUAGAUAUUCUGCGAGGAAGUGGAAGUUUAUAAUAGGAAGUAAUGAUUCCUCUGAAGGGAAAAGCAAGUUUUAAGUAGGAGGCUCAGGUAAUCUUAGUGUUUACAUAUGAGAUGAAGUGAGAGCCUUGUGUGUGCUGCUUUCUAUGCUAGAGUGAGAUUAGUGAGAUGAACUUUCAUGCAUUUUCUAGUAGACAGGAUUCUAAAACAGCACUGAAUUGGGAGGCCCCCUAAGUCAGGACUAGAAUUCUCUUUUACUCUUAACUCCUUUAAGUAUUAAAAGCACUAGGCUAGCCUUUGCCUGACUUCCCUGGAACUCUAUUUCACUACAGCUGUGUCAAUACGACUUCUGCUCAUGCUUCCAAGGUCAGCUCACGUGUGACCUCUGCAAACUGCUCCCACACCUGCAUUCAUUGCACCUUGCAGUUUGGCAUGCCUUGCUCACAAUACUCAUUAUUCUGUGUGAGGGUUUCUGCCCUCCACUGUCCUGGCUAAGAGCCCCUUUAGUACGGGUACCAUGUUCUGUUUACUGUAAUAUCUCCAGCACCAAGCAAGUGCCUGGCACGUAGUCAGUGCCCUCAAUAUUUGUAGAGUGGAGCUCACCACUUCUGUUGGUGUUCAGUUUCCUCAUCUAUUAAGCAGGGUUGGGUUUUCUGAUUGCUAUGGAGACUUCCAGUAACACAACUUACUAUUAUAGAGUCUUCUAUCACUGUGUCCAUGUUUUAUUUGGCCAUGUAUCAUCUUUAUUUAUCAAGAGAAAUGUGUGAUGCUUGCUUUAUACUGAAAACAAUCUAUAUUGUAAUUUAUCUAUACAUUUAAACAAAUUUAAUGACAUCUCACAAAUUGUUCUUUGAUGUGUUUGUUUCUGUAAUAAAUAUGGAUGAACUCAAUUAUAAGGAAGUUAAAAUUCUUCUGUAAUAAGUAAAUAAAAUACUUACCAUAAUAAAA